AUCAAUGUUUGAACGAGAAACCAUCCAAUAAAAUGCAGGAUGCAGCGUUGUAUUCCAGCUCUAACCAGAUGCAAAGACGAGAUGCAGAGAUUGCUCUGAGUACUAUUCUCCCUACCAUGAGCUGGAAUGAUAAUGAGAGAAUACUGGAUAUUGGUUCAGGUUCAGGAGAUGUUACAGUUACUCUUAUAUCACAGCGUAUACCUGUUCUCCACAAGAUGACUGGAAUAGACAAUUCCCUUGAGAUGGUUCGGUUCUCCUCUCUCAACUAUGGAGAUAAGAAUACAGAGUUUCAUUACAUGGAUCUAGAGAAGAUGGAGGAAUCCCCUAGAUUAAUGUUUCCUGAAGGAUUCACGAAGGUGUUCUCUCUAUAUUGUUUUCACUGGGUUUCUGAUUUGGAGAAAAUGAUGUUAAAUGUUUAUGAACUAUUAGUAGAUGGAGGAGAAGCUAUGCUUCUGUUCCUAGCUUCUAAUCCAAUAUUCAGAAUGUAUGAAAUCCUUGGCAAGAAUAUCAGAUGGUCCAAGUAUAUGCAGGAUGUUGGUGACUUUAUGCCAGUCUACCAAGAUGUAACCAACCCUGAGGAAAUAUUUAGAAAAGUUCUUAAAAAAUCAGGAUUUCAGAUUCAAACUUGCCAGGUUGAGAAAAGGAGUUUUACCUUCGCAGAUGAGAAUCAACUGGUUUCUUCUAUUAGAGCUGUAAAUCCGUUCUUGAAGAGAAUUCCACAGGGGGAGCAGGCAGAGUUCCUGAAGGAUUGUAUGAGAACCUUGGAGUCUAUUGGAACUCCAAUCUGUCAAGGAAGAGCAGAGGCGAGAUACAAACUGAUAUUGGCUCACAUAAGAAAGCCGAUGCGAGGAAAAAAUUAGACCGGAGGACGACAUUUUUUAAGAACUUGGAAGACGACAUUUCGAAUUGAGUUCAGAUCGGGAACCCUAAUAUCACGACUCCCAUCUCGAGGAUUCAUUUAUAUUAUGCAGAUUUAUAAACUGGUGUUUAUGGUGUCUACUAACAACUAGUUUUAAGGAAAAUACAUUUUGAGCAUUUUGAA